ACUUUGUUAUGGUUGGUAUGGCGAUGUUUGUUAUUGUUAAUAUAAAGUUUACUUAUUACACAGAUUUAGGAAUUUUAUGUUUCGACAAUAUUAAACAGGAUUAACCACUAAAUUUAGAACAAAUCUUAAUAAGACAUUUAUUUCUAAUAUUAUGAGCACAUUGACCCAGAAUAUGACUAAUUGACGGUUGUUGCUAAGACAACUUUACCUUAACAACAGCCCAGCUGCGUGUAAAUUGUCUCCAACAUAGCUUCAGAUAUCUUCGGGUGGUGCUCGUUUAAACUCACUGAAAAUGACCACCUGAAUCUGCUAUAAUCCACUCUGUGCUGUUUAAGAACAUAUGUAAAUGUUGGUUAAGUCAUGGGAACCCUGUAUGAUUGUCUUCGGGAGGUUCAUCUUGAGAGAUAUUACUCCUCUUUCUUAACUCAUGGCAUAUCAAAAGCUGAGUCGUUAGUGAAACUGACACCUCGAGAUUAUGGAGCAUUCGGGCUAAACACUACAGAUGAAAGACGUCGCCUCUAUGAACUCAUUAACUUGCUACGAUCUAUUUUUAAUUCAUCCAGUCAUGCAACAACAGUACCUCGCCAGAAACUUGAACACAAACGGUCACACAGCUUUUGUGGCAACCCCAAGAGAACAGCAGCAGUAUCGCGGUCAUCCACCCCUCCACCCCCACCCCCAUCAUCACCAUCUCAUUCAACUUCCCCUUCCACUGUUAUAGUUCCCUCGGCGCUUGAGCAGUCUCUAAAGGAGGCAAGAUCUCAACACGCAUCUGUGGUGGUGGCGUCUCGUAAACAUUUUUCUAAUACAGACUUUCUGUCAACUAAGGUUGUUGAGAACCAUGAUUUUAAUUACUCAGCUAAUUUAUCAGAUAGUUCAGGCAGUUCCCCUCAGAGUCCAAUUGAAAAAGUCACUCAUCAUACUUCAUACAAUUAUGGAAUCCCAAAGAACAAGAAAAAGGUACGAGCAAGUAGUCCUCGUUCAAUGAGAGAUGAAAAAAUUAAAGUUUGUGUCCGCAAAAGACCUUUAAAAGGGAAAAGUGAAAUGGAUGUAGUUGAAGUAAAGGAUGGUAACACUGUUAUAAUCAAUGAAAUGAAAUUAGCAGUUGAUCUCUCUUCAUACAUCUUACAGCACAAAUUUUAUUUUGAUGUUGCUUUUGGUCAAGAUUCCAGCAAUGAAGAAGUUUACCAAAAAGUUGGCAAACCUUUAGUGGAAUGGCUUUUUGAAAAAGGACAAGCAACCAUCUUUACAUAUGGCCAGACUGGAGCUGGUAAGACAUUUACAAUGAUGGGUUCUGAAGACAUCCCAGGUUUAUAUCUAUUAGCAGCAACAGAUAUUUUCUCUGUUAUCAACAACAACACUUAUGGUAGUGGGUUCCAUGUGUGGCUGAGUUAUUAUGAAAUUUAUUGCAGUCAACUCUUUGAUCUUCUUAAUGGAAGAAAACGGUUGUUUGCUCGUGAAGAUGGAUCUCAUAAAGUCUGUAUUGCUGGCCUGACAGAGACUGAAGUACCAGAUGUCAGCUCACUGAUGCAGAUUCUUGAUAUUGGUAGUGCAUGUCGCAGUAAAGGUUCUACAGGUGCCAAUCCAGAUUCAUCACGUUCCCAUGCUGUAUUACAGCUUCAGGUGCGAGAUGGCUAUGAUGAAUAUUUUGGUCGGAUCUCUUUUAUUGAUUUGGCUGGCAAUGAACGAGCAGCUGAUGUAAAAGAUUCAGAUAAGCAGUCUCGCAAAGAAGGAGCUGAAAUCAACCAGAGUCUGCUGGCACUAAAAGAAUGCAUCCGUAGUUUGGAUCAGGAGAGCAGUUUUACUCCAUUUCGUCAAAGCAAGCUGACUCACAUACUGAAGGAUUCUUUCAUUGGAAAAUCCAAGACCUGCAUGAUAGCAAAUAUCACCCCAAGUCAGAGUUCCACUGAGUGUACACUGAACACACUUCGAUAUGCAAACAGAGUAAAAGAAAUACGUCCUGAAUCAAGCAGUACCCGAGUGAUGAGGAAAAAAUCUGUUGAUGCAAAUCCUGGCAAAAAUACACACACUAUGGCUGGUACAUCACCUUGUAUUUUCCACCCUUCCAAUAUAGUUUGUUCAUCAACUCCUAUAAGACGACAGUGUUCAGAAAUUAUUUCUUCUGAACCACCAAGAGCAACAGAAUCUCCAAUAUUUUUUGAUCCCAAUGAAAGUCCAGGACAUGGACACCGUAUUCCUCACAAAGUUAGAAGCAGGUUUAAUAUUCUCCCUGACAAAAUUACUAUCUCUAAGUGUGUUCCACCACAAGAUAAUUCCACAGUGGCACAAAUACUUGACAGGAGUUUUUCUUCUGAUAUAGAAUUUGAAGAUUUGCUUGAAGAAAAUUCUGGGAAGAACUCUAAGGUGAAGAAUUUAAAUGAAUAUAGUGAAAAUGAAUUACUUACUUCUGAUUUUAAUUAUGAUUUGAAUGAUCUCAAUAAAUCUGCAGAAUAUGAAAACUCCAACAUGAAAUGUGAACAUGAUGGAGAUCAACAAAUACAGUUACUAGAACUUAAGUGGAAAAACAGUGAUAUUGCUUCUUCAUUUACUUCACAAAAUGUUGUCACACCAGUGGCACGGACUCGUAAUCAUUCUGAUCCUGGUGUUUCCUCCACUCAACUGAAUACAUUGGAUGGUGGCAAAAUGAAAAGACCAUUUUCAUCUGAUUUUAUACACUGUUCAACAGAAGAGAAUUCUGAUGAGGGUGUUGACUGUGAAUACUGGUUUGGUAGUCCGAAAGAGAUUCAAAGAUUUGAAUCAGCACUUCGUUUUGAUAUGGCUCAAAAUGAGGAAUUUGAUCUGUCAUCUAUUACUCAUAUGAAAACUGUAUUUCCUUUACCACCGACUUUGAAAACUAAAUUCUGUGAUAAUAAUAAACGAAUGACAUUGAAGAAAGAUCAGGAAUCUGUAAGAAAAAAUAAUGCAUUCAGUAAAAAUUCAGUUAAAAAAGUUCAGCUAGUUAAUGUUAAACAAACAGAAAUAAAUUGUUUCGGAGAUAGUAGAGAAGACUCGUUACAAAAGAAAACUAAUUUAUUAGCAUCAAAUCGAAAUAAAUCCUCUGAUGCAGCAGAUCACGAUUUUCAAACACCUUCUUCAGAUGAUAGAAAAACUAAUUAUGUUAAUAGCUGUAUGAUUUCUUUCAAUGUUCCCUGUACAGUAAGCAACACAGCAGUUCCGGUCAUUCCAUCACAGAGUGAUGAUUCAAUUUGUACUUUCGAUAGCCCUGUAGAUAGUUCUACUCCAACUAAAUAUCUUGAAAUGCCCACAGCAUCUAAAUCAUCUUUAGCAAAGGAGCUGGACUCCCACACUACAAAUGAUGCCCUUGUUUAUAGCUUUUGUUCUCAAGAUGGUGAAAAAGUUGAAGAAUAUUUCCUAUGCUCAGAACCAAAAAGUUCUUGUGUUGCUAUUGAAAGUAAUUCAAAUACCAUAAAUUCUGCAGACAAUCCUUGCUCUCAAACAAACCUUCACAAUAUUAAAGAUGGUAGUGAUAAGUGCAGUGUAUCUACUUCACAAGUAGCUGAAAAUAAAGAAGAACUAUGUAAUAAAAGCCAAACUAUGUUGAAACAAAAUUCAUGUCAAGUGAUACCUAAAACAUCAGGUGAUUCGUUGUUUAGUCAAAAUGGUUCCAUUACAGAUGUCUGCUGCUGUACUUCUGAGACUGAUUCUUCUUUACUUCUUCCCAGACAACACAAAAGUGAUUUAGAAGUUGUAACAAUAGACACUUCAUUAUCUGAAAACAAAGCUUGUGCUAAUAUUUAUUCUGAGGCAAACUCUUCUGCACAAACAGUUUUGACUUCAGUAUCUAAGAAAAGACCCAAAGCUGCUUUUUCUCCAAUUAAUUCACAACCGGUUUUGGAUUUUACCUCUUGCAAGACUAAUGGCUCUUGUUCCAGCCAAACGACACUCCCUGCGCCUGUCUUACCAAGUGGUUCAUCAGUUUCAAGAUCUGGACAAGAAAUCAUUCAUAAUGAAAUCCACAACCACUUAAUUCAUUGCCAUGAGAAGCAGCUAGCUACAAUGACAAUGCUAUGUAAGCAAGAGAUGAAGCUCUUAUUACAAGUAAAAGCUGGUCAGAAGAAUUUCUCUGACUUCCUUCACAAAGUGAACCAGAUCUUGACACAGAAAUUGAAAGCAAUCUCAACAUUUCAGCAAGAAAUAUUUAUUCGUGGUGGCAAGAACUUACUUUCUUCUGGCCAGAGUGACAGAACUUCUAUUUGGGAUGGUGCAAGUAAUCAGAGUAAUUAACAGCUAAACAAGAACACUUCAAAGAACAAUGAUCCUAAAAGUCUUCUAUAGAAGCUAUUCAUUAAUUUCCUGGGUAUCUACAGUCAUCGAAAAUUUGAUUUGGAAACGUUACCCACGUCAUCCAGAUUAUUACUUAAGUGUAUUAAAAUGUGUUUUAAAGCUAUGAAGUUGUUUAUAACAUUCACUUUGCCAAGUAAAACGGUGAACUGGCAGAAUCAUUAGCAUAUUAGAUAAAAUGCUUUGUGGCAUUUCUUCCAGCUCUUUACUUUCUGAGUUUGACUCUGCCUUUCAUCUGUUCGGUGGUGAUAAAAUAAAUGCCAGUCAAGUGCUGAGGUUGAUGUAAUUGACUUGCUCCAUUCCCUCAAAAUUGCUGGCCUUGCACCAAAAUUUGAAACUACUUUUUUUUACCAAUUUAUGAUACUUAUAGAAUUCAUUUUGACAGGGACUUCAGGUUAACAGUUUGCAUCAGGUUAAAUAAGUUCCAGUGAAAACAAAUUUUAUAAUAAAUUUGACUCUACUUUUU